CAUGCCUGUGAGUAGGAGUUUCUGUCUGCCUCUGAAUGCAGCACUGACCUGACUGGUAGAAGAAGCAGAGAGAGCAGGAAUGCUGAUCUUGCGCAGGGCUGUGAUGGAUCGAUACUAAAACCGGGAUACAGAGAGAUAUGUUUGCAUUUACCUUUUGUGCUGAAGAGACACAAGCCACACUAGACAAAACUGGACUACAACAAUAUUAUACAGCCAGAAACACUUGGUGGUGUAUUGUUGCAUUCUUGAUACAGACAUAAUAGAUGCUGUCUAUGACUGACUUUGCAGGCAUUUCAAAAUGUCAGAAUGCAAAGGAGAUUCUUCAGGUGCCACAAAAGAAGAAACAGAAAGGGGGAGUCUACCUCCAUCUGUGGACUUGAUGGGGAAAGUAGAUGGAAGUACAAAAUCUUCCAAAGGCUAUUCUGCCAUUGUGUUUCUUGGGAAAGGUAAAGAAAAAAAAUAUGGCCAUAACCUAUCCAAGGACCUUAAAGAGAAUGAAAAGAAGAAGCCACUAGUAAAUAGUUCUGUCACCAAAAAAUGUGAAGCUCUUUGUUUUGAAGAAGCCUCCAAUGAGUUUACCUGCAGCUCUUCCAUUACAGAGUCCUAUCAGCUGAGUACCAAUAAAGAAGCAAAGUAUUGCUUCAGAAAACUCGAUGAUGGAACAUAUGCCAUGGAGAAGAUAGAGGAAUUAAAUCCUGAUGAGUCAAUGCCUAGGAAGAAAUCCACAAAAAGGGGUCAACAAAAAGGACGCUAUUCACACAAGCCAUUAAAAAUCUGUUUUAAGAAACGAAGCAAGGCUCUUAGAAAGACUUCAGAUUCAAAUGAUGAUUAUAAAUCAGAAAAUAAAAAAGUGAAUUAUACAAACCAAUACGAAGCGCACACUUCAGUAUUAGAGAAUCAAUAUGAAUUUACACAACGUGGAAAGACAUGGGCAACAUUUAAAAGGUUGGUAACUCAUAAAAAGAAACGCCAUUCAUCUCUAAAACAACAGUCCCAAAUGAACAGCCAAAACCAUGAAACAAACUCAAACAACAGUGUUUCCAAAAAGAAAAGAUUCUCAAACAUAAGACUCUCGUGUAUGAACUUCUCCAGAGGGAAAGAGGGUGCGACCAGCAGCAUGCCACCACAAGAUGCACUUUGCGCAGCAGAAUCACAAGAAUAUGAGUAUGACUGUAAACGAAGUGAUAAAGCACUUGCAAUCAAGUAUAAACUUCAAAGAUCCUUAGAUGCUGAAAAUGGAAAAAUCGAUAGCAAUAUUGAUCAGUGCAUGUAUAUGCCUACUGAUGAAUUCCAGUCUUUACCAAAACUCAAGAGAGUUAUGAAUCAUCUGACACAAGGGGCAGAUAAAAGAAAUCUGCAUAAAUCACUUAGAAAAACAAAUGUGGAAAGUGUCAGGAGCUCUAUUCUGGAAGAAAGGGAAGCCCCGGGUUUGUCAGGCAGUAGCAAGGAAGGAAUAAAACCAAAGGCAGAAACUCCAGAGGGUGGCAACAUGCAUGAAAGUUACAAGAAUAAUCUCAAUGACUGUGAUGAUAGAUUGAGGCAUGAUGAUGACGCAAUAAGCAGAUCUCCAUUAAUAUCAGAUCCAUAUGAGACUCUUUUAAUCACAACAGCUGCUACUCUUGUUAAAAAAGUGCUCCAGGCCUCUAUCCAGCAGCUGGUUGAUGAAGGGUCCAUGUUUCAAUAAAUUCCAGGCAAGGAUUAACAACAAGAGCCCUUCUGAGGAACACAUUGAUGAUUUCCAAUUAAUGGAACCAUUAUAUGCUCUCUUAUUAAGUAUGUGAAAUACUUAUAUAAUAAGAAGUUAUUGAUCAAGGUGGUUAUUAUCCUAAAAGAAUAGUUUAAAUAUAAUUAUUUUAUUGUCUCUGAUAUUGGAUUAUGCUUUUGGCAAAAUGUAAAUAGAGGUGGAAAACUA